GUUUAGUCCAACAUAUCCAAGCCACAUCAUCCCAAUCAGCAGACGUUACUCACAUUCAGCAUGUGUGUUUGAUUCAUCCAUGUAUGUUUUUGGUGGGUGUACGUCAACAAAUACAACAUUUAAUGACCUUUGGCGUUUUGACUUAGGGUUACAUGAAUGGACACGCUUAUUGACAACAGGAACUUAUCCAUCGCCCAAAGCAUAUGCCUCAAUGGUAACAUGGAACAAUUGCCUUGUGUUAUUUGGUGGUUGGACUCAUCCUUCUUUGUACCCUCUGCAUCAGCAGUGGGUCUUGUUCAGCGAAAUGCAUGUCUAUGAUAUAUCAGGUAAUCGAUGGACUCAACUGUACUAUCCUGGAUCACCCCCACCAACAGCUGGUCAUUCAGCUUCGGUACAUGGCUGUGUUAUGGUCGUAUUUGGUGGAUUGCAAAAACAGGAGGGAACCUCUGCGAGUACAAAUGAUGUCUUCUGUUUAGACCUUGUGAGACAGUGUUGGUUUAAGCCUGUGGUGUCAGAGCCUAUGCCUAAACCAAGGUAUGGCCAUUCACAGAUAAAACUAGAUGAGAGACAUAUUUUAAUCCUUGCUGGAUGUGGAGGCUCCAACAAACUUUACAAUGAUAUAUGGCUGCUAACAUUACCUGAUAACAUUUACAACAGAAGUGAAAAAUGGCAUUGGGAGCAGAUUUAUGUAGAAGAGUCUGAAUAUAUGCCCUCACAAAUGUGGUAUAAUCCAGCAUGCAAAGUUGGGAAUAGUGUUGUGGUUUUGUCAACUUGUGGGACUAAUAAUGCAACAGCAGGUGGCAAUAUGUGUCAGCUUUUGGUACCAGGUUCAGUAAGAAGACAGCCAACAAAUGUUUGGGUGCCCCCAGUACAGCAGCCAGAAAUACGUCCUCAUGAACAUCAUCAUCCAGAACGUCAUCAGUUGGAACCAAACGUUAAUGGCCAGCGAGGGUUUCUUCGACCAGGAAUCCAUCCAGCAGACCAGGCAGAAUCUAGCAGUGAUGAAAGUGAUGAUGUAAACAUUCAGGGCACACAUAGUGGCCAAGGAGCAUCUGGGAGAGGGAGACCAAGACCUUCUAUUAGGCCAAAUGCAUCAAGUGAUAGGGAGCGCAGACUUCAGGUAUUGUCUAGGAUGAAGGAGAGACUAAGGGAACUAUCACGGCAACAAGAACAUACUAGUACAGCCUUUAAUAAGACUACAUCAUCUCGUAGUACUGUUACACCUCAUAUGCUGGAUAUCAGUCAAGUAAUUUCACACAAGCAGGCUAGAUGGUGGCCUGUUAACCAAUCUACUGAUCUCCCAACCUGUAUUGGGUCUCCUCCUCAACCAUCUCUUCUUUACUCCUUAGUUCUUGGCAGAGGACAUCAAAUCAUGUUUGGUGGUAUCCCACAUGAUCCCACUGGAGGACAAAGCCAAGAAACCGUAUCAAACACUGUGAUAUUUGUAUCCGCACCUUCCAGUUCAUAUUUUGCUGCAUAAUAAUUUAAAAGAUGUUAAACAGUUUAUUAUAUUUGUAAUACUGUAUAUAGAUAUUUUACUUUAUUUUACAGUAUUAUAAGAGAACUGCAACAUAGUAUUGUAAAUAGUAUAUGGCACUAAAAAUAUUUCAUAACUCUUGUAUUUCUUGGUAGCAGUUAUUUAUGUAAUUGUUUUUAUUUGUAUUUGUAUAGAAAUAAGGUCAAAACUGCAAACAAAUGAGCAAAAGUAAUACAGUAGCACUGUCUAAAAUUAUGUGUAGCUGAAUAUGAUGUAUCCAGGAAGACUAAAAAGUUACAAUACCAUGGCUGGAACAGUACACAAAUAAGACAGACUUACGAAGGGGAAAGUAAUGAUGACAUUUUGGUCCAACAAGUCAUUGUCAAUGAUUCAAGUCUGACUGAAACAUCAUCAUGACUUUCCCCUCUCCUUAGUCAGGGUUAUAUGUGUAUAGUGUAUACAGGAGCUGUAUACUAGUCUUACAAUUUCUUUUAAAAAAGAAUAAUUAAAAUAUAUAAUUAUACUUGUAAGAGUUAGCAUUGUAGCACAGUUAAGAGACUGUGCUCCAAUGUUUAGACCUAUUGGUUGUAUCUCCUCCAUUUGUCCAAUUUUUCUACUACAAAACAUAAAGCAAAAGCAAAACUUUCUUUUGUUUCUUGACCUCCUCAGGGGACAUACCUAGAUGCUGGUGAGGGACUCCAUCCAAGAAAUUGGAUUUAUCCUUCCAUUCCUUUUAUCAACCCUGAUUGCCUCCCAUUUCCCUAGGAGUUGUGUCCCCUAUGGGUUUAGUGCUUACCCUUAAAUAUAAUAAUAAUCCUUUAUUUUUUUUUUUUUGUAAGAAGGGAGCAGUUAGUCUGGGUAGAAGCAAGACAGUUGCACAUCACUGGUCUUUGCUACUCCUGUUUUACAUGUUUCCACCAACUUAAGACAGGCAUUGUUUUACAGUAUUUUGUAGGAAGUACAAUGUAAUGAUGGCUGGAUAUCUUCAUAAGUGUUUGGUGUAAGUGAAAAUAAGUUUCUUUUAUUUCACACUGUAAAAGAAAUUUAGUGGGUGGAAGCAGGGUACGUUGCUGCCACUAAUAGUAAGCAGCACUGACCCACCUCUGUCCUGCCACACACAUGUACUGUGCACGUACACAUGCAUGUACUCGCUCGCGCGCGCACACACACACACACACAUACACACACACACACACACACACACACACACAC